UCCAGGGCUCCAAAGUCAUCGCCUAGGCGACAGGGACGCUGCCGCCACCGCCUGCCUAGCCAGCCACUGAGCUGAGGGCCUCCCGGCUGUCCCCCUCCUCACAGACCCUCCAGGGCCCAGGCUCCGCCAAGAGCGAGCUGCCCUCGGCCGGGAGUGGGAAGAUGUCGCAGUCCACCCAGUCCACCGCCACCGACGAGGGGGCUACGUUCCAGCACCUCUGGAGCUCUCUGGAGCCGGACAGCACCUACUUUGACCUUCCCCAUUCUGGCCAGGGGAAUGAUGAGGUGGUGGGUGGUGCGGAGGCCAGCAUGGAUGUCUUCCACCUGCAGGGCAUGACCACUUCUGUCAUGUCCCAGUUCCAUUUGCUGAGCAGCACCAUGGACCAGAUGAGCAGCCGCGCGGCCUCGGCCAGCCCCUACGCCCCAGAGCACGCCGCUGGCGCUAGCGUGCCCACCCACUCGCCCUACGCGCAGCCCAGCUCCACCUUCGACACCAUGUCGCCCGCGCCUGUCAUCCCCUCCAACACCGACUACCCCGGCCCCCACCACUUCGAGGUGACCUUCCAGCAGUCGAGCACAGCCAAGUCGGCCACCUGGACGUACUCUCCUCUGCUAAAGAAGCUUUACUGCCAAAUCGCCAAGACGUGCCCCAUCCAGAUCAAGGUGUCCACCCCGCCGCCUCCGGGCACUGUGAUCCGCGCCAUGCCCAUCUACAAGAAGGCGGAGCACGUGACCGAGGUCGUGAAGCGCUGCCCCAACCACGAGCUCGGGCGGGAUUUCAACGAAGGACAGUCCGCCCCCGCCAGCCACCUCAUCCGCGUGGAGGGCAACAACCUUUCCCAGUACGUGGACGACCCUGUCACCGGCAGGCAGAGCGUCAUGGUGCCCUACGAGCCCCCGCAGGUGGGGACAGAGUUCACCACCAUCCUGUACAACUUCAUGUGCAACAGCAGCUGCGUCGGGGGCAUGAACCGGCGGCCCAUCCUCGUCAUCAUCACCCUGGAGACACGGGACGGACAGGUGCUGGGCCGCCGGUCCUUCGAGGGCCGCAUCUGUGCCUGUCCUGGCCGAGACCGCAAAGCGGAUGAAGACCACUUCCGCGAGCAGCAGGCCCUGAACGAGAACGCUGCCAAGUGCGGGGCUGCCAGCAAGCGCGCCUUCAAGCAGAGCCCCCCUGCUAUCCCUGCCCUGAGCACCAACGUGAAGAAGAAGCGGCACGGGGACGAGGAAACCUACUACAUUCACGUGCGGGGCCGGGAGAACUUUGAGAUCCUGAUGAAGGUCAAGGAGAGCCUGGAGUUGAUGGAGCUGGUGCCCCAGCAGCUGGUCGAGUCCUACCGGCAGCAGCAGCAGCUCCUGCAGAGGCCGAGUCACCUGCAGCCUCCGUCCUACGGGCCCGUCCUCUCGCCCAUGAACAAAGCGCACGGGGCUGUCAACAAGCUGCCCUCCGUCAACCAGCUGGUGGGCCAGCCGCCCCUGCACGGCUCGGCGGCCGGACCCAACCUGGGGCCCAUGGGCCCCGGGAUACUCAACAACCACGGCCACGCCCUGCCGGCCAACGGCGAGAUAAACGGCGGCCCCAGCUCCCAGUCCAUGGUCUCGGGGUCCCACUGUACCCCGCCACCCCCCUACCACGCCGACCCCAGCCUGGUCAGUUUUUUAACAGGCUUGGGGUGUCCAAACUGCAUCGAGUAUUUCACCUCCCAGGGGUUACAGAACAUUUACCACCUGCAGAACCUAACGAUAGAGGACCUGGGGGCCCUGAAGAUCCCGGACCAGCACCGAAUGACCAUCUGGAGGGGCCUCCAGGACCUGAAGCAGAGCCACGACUAUGGCGCGCAGCAGCUGAUCCGCUCCAGCAGCAACGCGGCCAGCAUCGCUGUCGGGGGCCCGGGGGAGCUGCAGCGGCAGCGGGUCAUGGAGGCCGUGCACUUCCGCGUGCGUCACACCAUCACCAUCCCCAGCCGCGGGGGCCCGGCUGGGGGCGCGGGGCCCGAUGAGUGGGCCGACUUCGGCUUCGACCUCCCGGACUGCAAGUCCCGCAAACAGUCCAUCAAAGAGGAGUUCACGGAGAGCGAGGCCAAUUGAGGGGGGGCCGGCACGUCUGGGGCCCCCCUGACCCAGUGCUACCGACCCAGAGAGCGGAGAGCCCCGGGAGCCGCGCUGGAUGUCUGCUUCCUUUUUGUCACCGACUGCCCUGGGAGGCAGGACCUCUGGGCUGUGCCGGGAAGGGGACUUGGGCAGGGGGAUGCCCGUGAGGAGGGGCUCCCGGAGCUGCGCUGAGGGUGCGUGCCCAGGACCCAUCCUCCCGGGGUCCGGGGGGCCUCCCCCUCCCUGCCUUGCCUCCCUGGGGGCUCUGCUGACCGACUGCCACAAAGUAUUUUUCGAUGUCUCUGGCUCUGGGUAGCAGCACGGCUCGGUGCUUGUACCUAAACACUCCUGUUUUCGGGUCAAGGCUCCAGACUACAUCUCUGCCUGAGGCUGUCCCUCUGCUGGUCUUGAGGGUCGGUCUGCCCUUGCACACCUGACCGCUGGUGCAAAGCCCACUGCAGCCACCUCCCACUUCCUGCCCCAAACAAAAACCAGAGUUUCCCUGGAAUCGGGGAGGCAAGGAAACUCCUGGUCGGCGGCCUCCAGCCAGCACCCGUGCCAACACUGCUGGCGGCAGCCCCUCUCUCCAGUGGCCCUCUUAGCAUAGACACGGACAGCAGGCUCCCCAGACCACUGGAAAGUGUCAAUAUUUGAU